CAAUAUCUCCUCAAGUAAGGGAUAAAACUGCAAUUCCGCCGCAUAAACAUAUGACUCAUGAGUAUUCCUUCUCUUAUCCUUCCCCUCCCUCACUCCCUCUCUCACACAUGUUCAUCAAUAUUAGCUGGAGCAAUAUUUGCAAACUGCUAUAAAUGGCCGCCGCAUUUCGAAUUCUGUAUUUCCCUCCCGCCACCUCCCACACCCACCUGCCGCUACCCAACCACCGUCUUCUUCUAUCCGUCGGCAGCAGGCCUCGGAAGUCCAAUUUACACCUGUUCCUCAACGCCCCACUCCGAGCCCUUCCAGCUAUUCAAUCACAAAUUACCGCCGAAUCAGAAGAUGAAGUUUCUACGACGAGGUUGCUCGUCCAGAAUGUUCCAUGGACAUCCACCGAGGAUGAUCUUCGCCCCCUCUUUCAGAAGUAUGGCACUGUUGUCGAAAUUGAGUUUUCAAUGUAUAAUAAAGAAAGGAAUAGGGGUCUUGCUUUUGUGACUAUGGGUUCUCCUGAUGAAGCACUUGCUGCUUUCAACAGCCUCGAAGCCUCUGAAUUUGAGGGUAGAGUGUUGAAGCUUAAUUGGGCAAAACCGAAGAAGCCGAAGCAGCCGCCGUCCCCGCCGCGGCCUAAGGCAGUGCACAAUUUGUUCGUGACGUUUUUACCGUUUCAGGCGAGGUCCAAGGACCUCAAGGAGUUCUUCAAUGCUCAUAAUGCUAAUGCAGUUUCUGCUGAAAUCAUAUUUCGUGAUAAUCCUCGCCGAUCAGCUGGUUAUGGCUUUGUGUCCUUCAACACUAAGGCAGAGGCCGAUGCAGCACUCGCUGCGUUUCAAGGAAAGGAGUUUAUGGGGAGAACCUUACGCGUUGCGCCAAGUAAGAGAUUCUUGAGGCAGGAAACAGCGGCGACUAUUCAAUCAGCAAGUGAAAGUGAGUCGGGCUCUUCCGAAGAAACCUCAUCGUCUACUGAGGUUUAGUUGCUUAGUUUUACAAGUGUUUGAAUGCAUCCUCAUAUGCUAGAUGAAAAAAUGUUGAUCAUUGGCAUUAGAAUGGGGAGUGAAGAUAACUUGAUAGCUUUCUUGUCGACUUCCUCUUCUACAAAUUUUUGGAUUCAGCAGAAAUCUACAUGAUGAAGAUAUAAAUACUCAAUUAUAUGAGCAAACAGUUUUGAUAUGGAGAUCCAUGAUCUUUGAGUGUGUUUUCUCCCAAA